UCUUUCAACUCCAGCUAUGAAAGUCGAAACUCAAUUGUCAGUACUCGUCGUAUUCUACAAUAGCCAUGCCAGUCCACUUUCUUUUGAAUACAUGUACUAAGUUAGAACCGUACUGUCGUAAUGUGUAGCCAGCUCUUAUGGUUGUCGUACGAAAGUAGUUUCAGGCAGUACAUUGAAAUUGUCUUGACAUACAAAACUACAAUUUUAGUGUAGAUGUUAGGUGUGUGUAUGUAUGAAAUGGAUAGACGAAGAAACACUCCAUGCUCCUGGAUGCGGACGGGCUUAUCUAUCUGAAGACCUAUCGAAGGCAUUUUGUCAAGCGAAAAUCAUUGGAAAAUUUGCUAUCUAGACAGUGCUCCCAACCAAACACUAUCAUGACUGAAAAAUCCCAGGGCGUCAUAACCAAUGCUUCCGAUUCUAUUGCUGCGCUUGCAGCCCAAAAGAGAGCUACCAGGAACUCAACUCGUGCAGGUCACGAACGUAAGAGUUCUCCCUCGUAUGCUGUACAUAUCGAGCACUGCCGGAAGAAAAAUCAACAGCUGCAUGACAAUUUGGUGGUGAAGCAAAUCAACUUCAAUGAGCUCGCUGAGUUGGGAAGCUCGUCACAGAGUCGCGAGGAUGGUACAGUCGGACCAAGCUCCCUACCUGUGGAUGAUCCAGCGGUGCUGCGAAUAGAGGAUGCAAUUCAAUCUUGUCACUUGGCUUCGUCAGACAGUAACACCAGAAGCCGCAGCCGUACGCUGUCCAAGUCAUCGAGGACGUCCGUUGAUUCUUUGCGCACCCAGGGAAACCAUAGCGGACUGGGGAAUAAGUUCACAGCAUCCCAUUGCGGGUCUCCACUGUGCACUUCAGAGGUGUAUGAGCUUAGCCAUUACAUUGACUAUGGCAGUACUGAAGCAUCAAUGACUGUCAAGAACCCCAACAAAAUGUUACUGACUAUUGAUAUGGACACGUCAGCUGUUCUGGUCGCCAACAGCGUAGCUAGCGCUGUGUUUGGAUACUCACGAACAGAAUUCGAAGGACUACAUUUUGAAGAAUUGCUACACUCUGACAACUACCUGGGUACUAUGAGCUUACUUGAAGAGCACUGCGGAUCGGAUGGCGAACAACUGAUGGUUCCAGAACAAUUGGUCAUUGCCGUUGAUAAAGCUGGUACCUCAUUCCCAGCAUCCUUGUGGGUGAAACCAAUUAAGACAGGCAAGGCAAGCCACUGUCUUGCGAUUAUGGAGCAAGUUGGACGAACAACCGCAGUAUUGACAUUAAGUAUGAAGGGUGAUGUUAUUGAUGCAGAUCCUGAGCUUGCACCCAUAUUUGGCUUCCAUGAUAAUCCAAGUGACUUACUGGACAGCUCAAUAUGCAACCUAUUGCCCAGACUAGUCCUUCCUGAAAGGAAAACGGAAUCGAUGGCCCAGGAUCUGAAAGAACAACAUGUCACAGGGCAAUUGCAAGAUGGAACAACGCUGCCACUCACUGUCCUGAUGCGCUUUUCGAAUGAGAAGGACCGUGUGAUGUUUCAGGGAGCAAGCUUCCCAUCCAAGCACAAGGUGUUUGAAAUUGAAUCGGACAUCCAGUGUGUUAUAGUCCUUUAUCACAAUAUCACUGGGCUGUUGACUGUUCGACUAGAUGGUACUAUCUCCUCCUGUGAUGCAUCUUUCUGUGCGCCGCUAUUUGGAUACAGUGCCGAUGAGCUGGGAGAAAAGACCAUCGACGAGCUUAUACCUGGCAUGAUGAACGAGGUGCGUUCAGCGGGGUUACAGCGUCUGAGGUUCAACACCAUGCCGUAUCAUUUGUCAAGCCGGAUGAACAGUACAUGUAGCACAGGUGGACGGUGUUCUCAUUCAAGCUCCAGUGGACCUUCGUCAGCUGGCGGCCAAUUUCAAACAGUACCCAAUGAUCUUGGUAUCAUCCUGGAAGGAGGGAGUGGGAGUGGGAGUUCUCCUGAGCGGUCUGAACAGAGUGAUCCUGAUGAGCAACGCAGUGAGAUCUUUCUGUCACAGCAGAAGUCACUGGAUGCCACCACGGAACUGUGCUGGACAAGAUCUCCAACUCCAGAGCUAAUGGGACGCUCUACCCCGGGACAAACAGGGAAGAAGCGAGCAAAGCAUGUGCGGGGCAAUGUCACGCCUACUGCCAGGUCUGGCGAGCGUACACUCAACUCUGGCGAUAUCAAGUCGGAUGUGGGUUGCGGCGCCGAUUCAAACUCUCUCAUUAGCAGUUUCUCAGAGCAUGGCUCACGGUCCUCUUGCCUGGCCGGGAUGUCUUUGAACACAAGCGCGAUCCACAAAGAUGACUUCAGUAUUGAAGUCAGCAUUCACGUCAAACACAUCCUUUUUAAUAACGACACAUCGCUCCUUUGCCUGUGGGUGAAGCGAGAUUAUGGUGUGAACGAGCAGCCAUCUCCAUCUACUAGUAUUAGGUCUUGUGUCAGCGACACCGAUGACAGUGGAAAGGAUUCUCAGCCCAACAGCUCUGAAGAGGCCUUUGAAGGUCCAUAUACUGACAUGUAUAAAACUCUGAAGACAGUUGGCAGCGGUGCGUUUGGCGAUGUUAAACUAGCGCGUCACAAGACAACACGAGAAAAGGUGAUUGUCAAGUGCAUCGGGAAGAGAGAAGUCUUGUCAUGCAGCUGGACAGAAGUAACACCAGAGCAGAGAAAGCAGUUGAAUAUUGCUACACAGCAAUCAAUCAAUUCGAAAUUGGAGAACUUCUCCAACUCCGUUCCAACAGAGCUUUAUCUCCUGCGGACACUGGAUCACCCCAAUAUUGUCAAUCUUGUUGACGUUUUUGAAAACGACCUCUACUAUCAACUGGUUAUGGCUAAGCAUGGCAGGGGAAUGGACCUCUUUGAAUUCAUUGAUUAUGAACCAGCCGUCGAUGAGCCCCUCGCGUUCCAUAUAUUCUCACAGGUUGUGAAUGCCAUAGAUUACCUCCAUCACAAACAAAUCAUACACCGUGAUAUUAAAGAUGAGAACAUCAUCAUUGAUCAAGACUUCAGGGUGAAGCUUAUUGACUUUGGCUCGGCAGCCUUUAUGAAAGAAGGCACGCUGUUUGACUCGUUCUGCGGGACCAUUGAGUACUGCUCGCCAGAGGUUCUCUCCGGAAACAAGUACCGUGGGCCUGAGCUUGAGAUGUGGACCUUAGGUGUCACUCUCUUCACGCUUGUCUUCUUUGAAAAUCCUUUCAAGGAUGCCGAUGAUAUCAUCAAUGGCCACUUAAAUCCUCCGUUUGCAGUGUCCUCGCGUCUUCUGCGAGUACUGCUGUGGCUUCUUCACCCUGACCCUCUGAGUCGGUGCACUAUCACACAAUUGCGCAGCUGCUCGUGGAUGAAGCAGCAAGUGGAUAUGAGCAAGUAUGACUUUGAUAUGGUGCUACGUGGCCAAGCCAUUGCCUUGAUGAACAACUCCAAGACAAAGAUCCUUGGUUCUUCGCAGAAAGGAAACUCAUCUAAUCGUUUCUGUCAGAGUCGAUAAGCCUUUGCCCUUCCUUUGGAAUUUUUGAAGGGAUAUAGAGACGAUGCAUUUAGACUUUUUAUGUUCCGAACGCCUGUUUUGUUCCGGCCUUCUAAUUUAUAAUACUGGUGCGCCUCGGCGUGCGUGUAUGUGGCAUUAUCAAACAUGCAACAUCUUGAGCCACCUACUUUUCUCUUUUCAUGUACAUUGUUAUGACUGGUCACAGGGGACUAGGUAGGACCAUAGUGCUACGCAAGAGCAUUGUCUAUUGAUCAUCUACUUAGGACCUGGUAUUUUACAUGUAGUACGGUGCAUGUGGGUUGUUCUUUAUCCACGCCAAACUUAGCAUAUAUAUAAUUAUUAUAUUAUAGUACACACUGGGUGUGGAGGGUUGCGUCAAUGUUGUCAUUAGCUCACUUGUUCAUUCACAGAAUCUAGCACUACUGGUACGACUAGCCUGCCGGUACUGCCUGUAGUUUCUGCUCACUCACGUUGCAGCAUAUUUUAUUUAUUUAUAUAAUAGACGGGUUUAACUCUGAACACAUACUGCCUGUCACAUUCACAUGAUACUACUACGCUGCGUCAGCAUUGUUUGUUUGUUUGUAUUCUUUAUUUAGAGUGGGAAGUCCAAAACAGGCCCUAGCCUAAUAACAAUGGUCCCACUAGUGAGGGAAUGCUGUAUAUCUGUGCAUAAGGAUUAGUGAGUGUAACAGCAACUAGUAGGGAAAGAAAAAGAGAGAAGAAAAACAACUUAAAACAAGAGUUGCGACUUGCAUAGGAAGAAUAACGGAAAGAGCAGUGCAUACAGCAUUUGUAAAAAAGGCUUAUGUUGGUACUUCAGCUCCUUCCAUUAGACUAAAUUAUGCACAACACCACUCACUCAUUUCAUCAAUCUACGCCUUCUCCAUUCGGACAUGAUUAUGCCCAAUGCCGUUCACUUAAUU